AUGUCUCAUUUCGACGAACUCAAACUUAUAUUUAACUUAGACGCCUAAUACGUACCUGAAAUGGCUCGAUUCGAAAUAAAAGGCAUUUUAGGCAAGGGAGCAUUCGCUACAGUUUUUUCUGCUCUCGAUAAAGUGCUUAAGAUUUAAGUAGCAAUCAAGAUGGUAGACAAAAAACUUUUCAAAAAUAAAGAGCAAUAAGAUAUUGUAAGGCAGGAAGCGAUGAUGCUUAAAACACUUGAACAUAAUAACAUUGUCAAAAUCUUAGCUUUUUUCGAGACUUCUUUGAAAUUUUAUAUCGUAAUGAACUAGAUAGAUGGAGUCACUUUGGAAACUCACAUGAGUAACGUCAAAUCAGCUGAAGUGGUUUCUAUAACAAAACAGAUUCUCGAGGCUCUAAGUUACUUGCACUAAAGAAACGUAGUUCACAGAGAUAUCAAACCUGAAAAUAUUUUGAUAAGUUUUUCAAAUUCAGAACUGAAAGUCACCUUGAUCGAUUUUGGGUUGUCAGCUUCUGUGAAUAGAAUUUAAAAUUCAAUGAAUGGUUUGAUGUUCCAAAAUUGUGGUACACUCUUGUACCAAGCUCCUGAGUUAAUCAAGAAAGCCAAUUACACAAGAUCAGUAGACCUUUGGGCUUUGGGCAUCGUUGUGUAUCAGAUGUUAAAUAACGGUUCACACCCUUUUUAUGAAAGAGGCGACACAAAAGCCAUUUACGAGAAUAAAAUUAAAUACUCAUCGCUAAACUUUUAAUUUAAUCAUAACAUCGAUACCAACAACUUUUUAAAAAGAACUAUUGCCUACCUACCUGAACAUCGAUUAACAGCUGAUCAGUGUCUGGAACAUCCAUGGAUCACAGGUAGGGGUGACAUUUCAGUUCCAAUUACUUUGAAUGAAAUCAUCUAAUGCCAAAUAGAGAAGGAACAAAAUAUCACAAAAUAUAUUAAAAUGAUUGUGUUCCUAAAAUACUUGAUUCUAUCAUCCUCCUGUUAUAGAAUACCCUAUAGAAUUGAAGCGAACAAGCUUAUUUAAACAGGUUCUCUGACAGAACAGAUGUCUGAUCAAUCAACUGCCACCAUCAAUUUCAAAAUACGUCCCUUAUAUAUCAAGUCAUAGACCAGAUUGGACAAGGAUGAAAGUGUGAGUAAUAGCAGCAGAAACACAAGUGAUAUGUUCCCAGACAGCAUUGCCCAGGCUAGCACACCUGAUAAUAAAAAGAUGAUGAGGAAGAGUACUUCGAUGAAUCCGUAAGAAAUUAUGAUUUAACGAUUAAAUUAAACUCAAAAGAGAUUGGUUAAUUUUCCUAAUAAAGAGAAAAGUCCAAUAAUUCAAACAAGAAUACUCAAAAACACUUAGGCAUCCGACUCUAUUAGCUCGAGAUUACUUAAUAAUGAUAGUUGGAAGAAAUUACCAAAUAAUACUAAUCAAAAUAGUAGAUUAAGAAUUAUUCAGCGACCUAAUUUCUCAAGAAAUCCCACCUAAUUAUGA